AGACUUUUUUGACUGCUCCUGCCAUUCUAAACGAAAGCUCUUUUAGCCAAAUAACAGUCUCCUUGGGCGGGGUAGACCGGGCUGUUCGUUGCUUUCCCAGGCCUAGAGAUUUUGGCAAAAAGAAAUGCGGCUUCCGGAAAUGAUUUGUCGUUGUCAGCGAUUAAAUUCCCAAGAUUCGUGACCAUGAUCGCGUGACGUUUUGAGGCAGACACCAUGGUUACGCGACAAUGUCUGUUAUGAGGCGCACAUUUAUUAAAUAACGUAAAGAGAAACACGAGAAAAUGGUUUCCCAUGCUGUGGAUCUCUUAUCAAAAUGUGCGCAGUUUCGAGAUGAGGGUGAAUUCAUCGACAUUCGUUUAAAAGUGCGUGAAGACAUCUUUCCAGCUCAUCGCAUUGUACUCGCUGCGAAUAGCGAUUAUUUUCACGCCAUGUUUACUGCUAAAAUGAAGGAGUCGAAUCAGGAAGUGAUCGAACUGAAAGAUGAAAGCAUUUCACCAGAUGCUUUAAAGAUUGUAAUGGACUCCAUCUACACUGGAGAUCUUCGUGUCAACGAGGAAAACGUGUUUGUAGUUCUUGCCGCAGCUGAUCAUCUUCAAGUUACAAGCGUCGUUCAGCAGUGUUGUGAUUUCUUGAAGAGGGAGUUUAUCCAGCUCCGACUUGACCUUCACAACUACUGUGUGCUUUCUACAGUGGCCGAUAGACAUGGUCUGAGAGAUCUGCAAGAAGCAGCGGAGCACAAAAUGGCAUCGAUGUACGUGGAUGUCUGUGAAAGCGAAGAAUUCCUUUCUAAUGUUGGCGCAGAUCAAUUAUUCAGCCUCCUCAGUCGAGAUGACCUCAGUGCACCUUCGGAGACGUUCGUCUUCAAAUCAGUGAUGCAGUGGAUUAAACACAAGAAGGAAGAGAGGAUGGCAGUUGCAGCCAAAGUUAUUGGAGCUGUCCGUCUUGGACUGGUGGACAUCACGGUUGUGAUUGAAGAACUGAAUAAAGAGGAGAUGAAGCGAGAUCCAGAGAUUUACUCGCUGAUGUACGAAACAUCGAUCUUCAAGCACAUGCCUUCAUGUAACUCUACAUUUGCCGAGGAGAAAAGUAAACCACGAUCAACCAGCCCGGCUCUUAUUGCAGUUCAACCUCAGGCGCAGAUGCAGUAUUUUGAUGUUGAAGGCAAAACAUGGAAACCUUUGGCAUCCACAAUACCAGCAAUUGAGGCAACUCAGUGUUUCUGCGCAGUCUCCGCUGGCAGCAAGUUGUUUGUUGCUGGAUAUGUCGCAUAUAAAUCCUCAGGUCAUUACAUUUUUCUGUAUGAUACAGAAAAAAAUGAAUGGGAAAGGCUGCGUCACCCAGGUGGUGCACUCAUUAACUUAUGUGUUAUUGAUGAUCAUAUGUACGCAAUGAGUGCCAAUUCAAAUGAAGUUCCUCAAAGGUACAACUUUGCCAAACGUCAGUGGCAAAGCAUUGCACUAGUAGGUACAAGAGGCUGGCAAUAUUGCUCCGGCAAAAAUGGAGCAAUAACCCAUUCAAAGGUGUUUGUACUGUAUGAAAAUAGGUCACCGUUUGAACCUGCGCGCUGUUCGUCAGCAGUACUAAAUUGUUUUGAUCCAGUAAAGAAUGAAUGGAAAGUGAAAGCGACAACUUGCCACCCUCACUUUGGAUCCAGUCUUUUGGUAGUAAACAAUAGGCUCUAUGUGGCAGGGGGAAAUGUUUCAAUAAAUGACAAAUGUAUUCCAAGCGGUGGGCCUGCACCUGUUGAAAUGUACAAUGAGGAAAACAACACUUGGUCAGUUGCUGAACAAAAACGUAUUCCCUUAAACAACCUUGGUGCAGUGGAAAUAGAAGGGAGGGUGUAUUUCAUAAUAAACAAUUUCCCAUUUGACAGUGGCAUAAGAAUUCCCCCAGGGGAGUUGUACCCUGUUCCUCUGGGGGAGUGGGAGAAUUUAAGAAAAAUUGACAAAAGUGCAGUGCUGUGUUAUUUGCCAGUAAAGCGGGAAAGUUUGAAAACAGAGUGAUUGCUUGCUAUUGUUAGUGAAAUUAAUAGAAUUCCACACUUCUGCUCAGUGGUCAAAGUAUUUCCAUAGUUAAAUAGUUUUCAUGCAUUAUAAUGACCUAUAAUACCUUAAGUUGAAAUGGCAGAAGAUCUAGAUAUCUGAACUGUUUACAGUCAGAGAAUUUGGCAAGGGUUAGUUGUAGUUUUUCCCGGGGGCGGCACUGCCAUAUAUGGGCUAUAUAGGUAUGUGCCGCUGUGAAGGGUAUGGUUUUCAAGCUGUUUACUCUA